UUUUGUGCUUGCAUUUGACCCUGGGUCAUGGGAGAAGUAUAGUAGUAACUUGUAACAGAUAGUUCGCAAGCAUGUUGCGCCGAACGCUGUCCUGCAACGUCGUAUACCGGCGGCGGCUAAUAUCGUCAGGCCUAGUGUUCAGGCCAACGGCGUUCCCCAAGCUGCGAUACUCCGUUCUGAGCGACGACUCCAAGGCCGAGGAGCUAAAGGAGAAGGCUCCCGCUGCUGGCGCUCGUGAGAAGGGAGAGGCGGCGGGUUUGGCAUCGGCGUCACUGACGACUCCCGCGCUCGAUAAUGGAAGUAUCAGUGUUAGUGCCGGCGGUGGGGGACGAAUGACACCCGAGCAGCUCGCUGCACUCUGUGAAGGGUUUUCGACCGCAAUAGAAGACGCCGCGACGGACAAAACGAAGCAUGUGAACAACGGUGAUCAGGUGGAGCGAGAGACGGACGAGGGGCAGCAGUCUGGCGGAAAGGAACCGUCUCAAAUCCUCAAGGACCACGCUGUCGAAGUAGACGCAACCAACGAGUCCUCACCAGUCCAGGAGGAACUUUUGGACACGCAAAGAAUAGAAACGGAGGUUCUGCCAGAGCAGGCGGUGGAGGAAGAGUCCGUCAGAGAGGAGGUGGAAGUAGGGCAGUCUGACAAAAGCGAAGUUCCCGAAUUUGCGAAUGACGUUUCGAUGGAGGUGGAGGCGACCGGUAACGUGUUAAAGAAGUCGGAUGUGGCAGCCCGGGAGGGACCUCAGGAGACACAAAGAGUAGAAAGUGAGAUUCCGUCGGAGCAGGUGGUCGAGGAAGAGCCUCGCGGAGAGGAGGUGGAAGUCAUCAGCGAAGUUUCCGGAUCUACAAAUAAUGUUUCGCUGGAAGUGGACGCGACUAGCGAUCCAUCAAAGGCUGACUUGUCAGUGCAGGAGGAAUCUCGGGAGACGGAAAUCAUAGAUGAGACGGAAAACAUAAGACCCGAAGUUGUAUCAAAGCAAACGGUCGAGGAGUCGUCGUUGGGUUCUGCAACUAAUCAGGGACAAAUGGAAAAUGCCGAGAUACAGGAGAUGAAAGAUAUGAAUACGCCGGUGUUGCCGGAGCAGCUUGUCGAAGAGCAGCUUGGUGCAGAGGGAGCUUUCACAGCUGAUCUGAGCAGUGAACGGAAGGUGCAAUCCGAUAUCGCGAGGGCGGACUCUGAGGUAUCUGCAGUCACGGCAAACGAAACAGAUGCAGAGAUUACGCGAACGGACGCAGCCGCAGACACGGCAAAGCGAUCUGCAGAGGUUGCAACGAACGUGGUUGAGGAAUUUGAAGACAGAGAGGUCACCGAGGAGCACGACGUACCUGUCGCUGAAGCGUCAGCUGGUGUGGGAAGUGACGAUCUGAACGUCAGCGAAAGAGGAAGGGCUGGGUCGGAUACACAGGAGAAGGUUUACGAAGCGGGCAUCAUGGUAGACAAGCCUGCAAAGGAAUCGAACGAUGAUGUUCCUGCCGAGGAUACCGUUACUGCGGAGCCAACAGAGCCAUCGGCUUCGUCGGAGGCGGGAGUGCCUGACCUUGCGUCAAAGGAAACAACUGUAGAUAUUCCCGUGGACUCGACGACUGAUGUCGCAUCGAAUUGGGCAAAGGAAACGUCGCAAGAGAGCAGCCGCGAAACGGUCUCGUCAUCCGUUGACGGCGGGCCAAAUGCUGCCGGUGGGCGCGAAUUGGGAACCAACAACCACAAAGCCGCAGGCUCCGAGGGGAAGGAUGAGAUCUAUGAAGCCGGCAUCAUGGUAGAUCAACCGCCCCCCGCAUCGAAAACUUCGUCCCUUCCUGAGGAAGAUUCCAAUCUCUCUGAAGAGCCCGUCCCGAUCCCGACUCCGGCGCGGAAACCCAACCCCGCCGAGGUACCGGAAGUAAAGCCACUGCGCCCAGGGGAGGAAUACAAAAUCCACACCGACCCAAUCAAAUUGGCAGCCAGGCUCAAAAGCCUCACUCACAAUGGACUGGGAGAGGAGGCCUACCGCUACCUGGAGCUCAACUCCACGGAGGUGGCGAAUGCGGAUGUCUACGCCACGGUGAUGAUGGCGGCCGCCAGGGAGGGCAUGGAGAAGGUAGUGGACAAAUGCUAUCGUCGGAUGCGGGCAAUAGGCUUGACCUUACCUCCACACGGCUUGAAAGCACUCGUUACCAGUGCCGAUGGGGUAAACCCCGCUGACGUCCCAACGGCAAAACGUCAACAGCGAAUGAAGAAUCUUUUGCGGUAUUGGAGCGACAUCCCAGAGCCGAACCUGACUUACGUGAAUGUGUUUCUAGCAACAUGUUUGAAAAACCAGAAUGAGGGAGGCUGGGACCAUGGGCUCGAACUGUUCAACGCGUCGGUAACGGGAAAACCGAUGGGCCUGACCAUAAUACCCAAGCCCGGAAAAGUCGCUAUCGAACUCAUGUUGUCAAUGUGUGCGGCGCGGCAGGAUGAGGUGGGGUUCCAAACGGCAUUGAAGAUCUGGGAAGACGUACUCCUCUUGGCGCAUGAGGCUUCGAAGGACAAAAAGUUCCGAACCUGGCCGAAAGACGCCGCCUUCCGAGGCGGGGCAGAGAGGUAUAUCGACAGCGGGGUCUUGCUACCGCUCAUCUUCUGUUUCGUCAGAGCGGCCCACAUGAGCGAUGCCCAGAAAGGGCUGGACGUUGUUGAGGAUUGGCUUAACCUACCCCGAAGUGCGACCGCACCCAUCGCGACGGGGGUUAAGAAAAUUGCAUUGAGUCGUCCGCUUAUGCACGCUCUCCUGCACCUUACCUCUCGCAUCCGCGAACCCGAGCUUGCGAUCCGCUGGGCCGAAAUUGCGUGGCACCGCGGCAUAGAGCUGGACCAAGCCUGCUUUGACGUCCUCGUCACGCUUCUCAUCAGCACUAACAAACUGGAAGAAGCAUGGGCGUUCCUCAAAAAGUUCGAUGGCCUUCCGUUCGUUAAUGAAAGUCUGGGCCGUUUGUGUGUGUACGCGACAAGCAGGACCACCGAGGACAAUGUAUCGUGGCUAGUACGCGCGCAGGAAGUUAUGGAUGCCGCGGAAAAGGCCGGCGUGAUGCCCAUCACCAGCGCCGAGCAAGCGAGGAGGAUGCGCCUUCAAGAUAUCGCCACGUAUGGCGAGCUGUACGUCGCGCUCGGCCGGUUGGACGAUGCGUGGGCGGUGUUUCAAGCCAAACACCACGACGCGAUCACGAUAACGCGUAACAAGGUCGCCAAAUUGGCAUUGAACGCUCUCCCUAGGCUGUAUUUGGAGGAGCACAAGAAGACGUUGCAGCAUCUGCGAACGGAGGCGGGCAAGAGGCUGGACGUCAAAAGCCGCAUCAAGCUCGUCACGGACAUUAUCGCCAGCUCGCCUUCGGAUGCCGCCGACCUCCAGGCCCGCUACCGGACCUUGAUGGUCAUGCGAAAAUUGAUCAAGGUGCGAUACGCACAAUCGACCGAGAACGAGCAGGCGAUACUCGAGGUUCUGGAAACGCGGAUCGAGGAAGUCCUUGGCAUUUGGGAACUCUUGUACGGCAAGGUUGUGCGCGAUGGAGCCAAGGACUAUGCCGCUCAGAUAAAGGAAUUGUGGCGGGCAAAACGAGUUAGGAAUGGACAGUUGCCAGAGGAAAUGAGGGCACCCUUCCACGUACAUACACCCUUCCCGGGGACCUCGAAGCAACAUCCUGCUCGGGACAUUCGAUCGUCAGGAAAUGACCAUUCUGUAUAUCCAGCGAGGGAUCGUACAGGAGAAACGACUGGAGGAACGAGAGAGCGCAGGCCCGUAGAUCACGGAGACGAAAGCGAUUUCUCCCGUCAAAGGCAUGAAGAGGACUACACCCCAAGAGAUGAGCGGGGUGUUUCGCGCCAAUGGGGUGACCAGGACUAUGCGCCGCAGGACCGGCGAAGAGAUGAUGACCGAGAGAGGGAGAACGUCGACGCCCGUCACACGAGUAACCAUGCUCGAUUUGAGAGAGGGGAGAGACCUCACCGAGGUGCGGGUCGGAGAUUAGAUCAGCGAGAGCCGGAAGGCCGUUCAGACCGAUAUACCGACCGCCGUCGCGAUGAUGAGUCCGUUCCCAAGCGCGAUGACCGACUGGAUGACAGGCCAGAACGGGGUACUGGCCGCCCUGGGGAUGAGCGCGAGCAGGUGCGCAAUCCGAGGGCAGACUUCAGACGCGAGUCCGAUGAGGGAUAUCGGGUGGAGCGGAGUGCAAGAUCUGGACGCGACCCCGAUGAAGCCUAUCGUGUAGAGCGGGGUGCAAGGUCCGAUGAGAGAGAAGAGCUGUCUAAUGACCGUCGCCUCGAUGAUGGGUAUGACCAGGAGAAGCCUGGGAGGGGAGAUACAAGGCCUGAACGGUAUGAUGACCGUCGUCGUGAUGACGGACACGGCCAAGGGCGGGAGGGAAGAACCGCUCGCAGCCGUGACCGCAACACGGAUUUCCGCCGUGAUGACCGAACAGAAUACAAUGACGCCCCUCGUCGUACCGCAAGAAACGACUCCAGCGAUGGACCGCGCGAAGAAAGAGGCAAUCCCCGGCGUGAUCUUCACUCUCGCUCCUCAGAUAGACCAAAGGAAUACCGAAAAGGUCCAGGCAGGGUAGAAGAGAAUGAACACAACGUUCCUAAAUUCGCAGCAAGACGCAGCUUGCACCACAAGGAGACCGCUCGGGUCCUGCAGACAGAGAGGGAUGCCCGUACACUUCGUCAGAAGACCGGAUCUGACGAAUACGACGAUCGUGAUAAGCGACCCGUCCGACGAGAUGAUAGGCGAGAUGAGCGACCUGUCCGACGAGACGAUAGGAGAGAUGAGCGACCUGUCCGACGAGAUGCUAGGAGACGAGAAGACUCGGGGCAGGGUCACCGGGGCCAAAGCCGCGAGGACUGAGGACUGAAGAGCAUGUUUUGUUUGGCCGGCGAUGUGUAGCCUAGCCAUCCUGAGUUGCGGUCCUGCGGCCUUCAUGGAGCGUUUAAAUUGUAGGAGCGCGGUUCUUCAGCGGGGUUCCGGCGUGAGAGAGCAGAGCGUAGAGCACCAAUUUUGUUUCGGAUGUGUAGAGACAUUCUCCCUUUUGUAGAUAGCCUUAUCUAUGAGCUUUGUCAUUGCAUCCAUCUUCCCCGCAUUCGUGUGUAUGUACAUUCUCGCAAAGAAAUAAUAUUGAGCAUUCAGAGACUUCGGUGAGCUCUUCCGAACCGGUAUCUUAUGAUCCGGAAGCUCUGCAGAAUA